UUCUUUGUUGAAAAGUGGAGAGCAAAUACUCAACUGAGAAUUUGACGCUGGAGCUUUGAAAAUCAAUGGACUCUUGAGUCAGUCAGUCUGGGCUCGUCCUCAACAAUCCGAAUUUCAAUUUUCAGCGUUAGGGUUUUUGUCACUGUGGAGCUUCACGGCGUUGAUCGGCGAUGGAUGUAGGAGAAGGUGCCGUGCAGGAAAUUGAGCCACAGAAGAAGGAGAAAGAACCUACAGAAGAUGAGAAGAGGAGGCAGAAAAUAGCGCCUGGAACUUUGAUGAAGGCAGUGGUGAGGCCUGGUGGAGGUGAUGCAACACCUUCAGAUAAUUACCAGGUCGUAUAUCAUUAUACUGUUAGAACAUUGGAUGGAGUUGUUGUUGAAUCUUCCAGAUCUGAAUAUGGAGGCAAGGGUAUCCCAAUAAGACAUGUUUUGGGCAAGAGCAAGAUGAUAGUGGGAUUGCUAGAAGGAAUUCCAACAAUGUUGAAGGGUGAAAUUGCAAUGUUCAAAAUGAAACCUCAAGUGCACUAUGGUGAGGAUGACUGCCCAGUUGUAGCUCCCAGUAGCUUUCCAAAGGAUGAUGAACUUCAUUUUGAAAUUGAGAUGAUAGAUUUCUUUAAAGCCAAGGUCAUUAGUGAUGACUUGGGAGUUGUAAAGAAGGUAAUAACUGAAGGUCAGGGUUGGGAAUGUCCAAGGGAACCUUAUGAAGUCAAAGCCUGGAUAUGUGCAAAGACAGGUGACGGAAAAGUGAUUGUUACACGUACUCAAGGAGAGCCAUUUUUCUUUAAUUUUGGAAAGUCGGAGGUACCUGAAGGUCUUGAGAUGGGAAUUGGUACAAUGACACGUGAAGAGAAGGCAGUAAUAUAUGUCACCAGUCAGUACUUAACUACAUCUCCUUUUCUGCCUGCUGUAGAAGGUCUUGAAGAAGUUCAUUUUGAAGUGGAGCUUGUCCACUUUAUUCAGGUGCGUGACAUGCUUGGGGAUGGGCGUCUGAUUAAACGGCGUAUUCGUGAUGGAAAAGGUGAGUUUCCUAUGGAUUGCCCUCUUCAAGACAGCCUACUACGUGUCCAUUACAAGGGCAUGCUUCAAAAUGAAGAAAAGACAAUCUUCUUUGAUACAAGAGUUGAUAACCAUGGUCAGCCUUUGGAGUUCUGUUCUGGAGAAGGCCUUGUGCCUGAGGGAUUUGAAAUGUGUGUUCGUUUGAUGGUGCCUGAAGAGAUAGCUCUCGUCACAUGUCCUCCUGAUUACGCAUACGACAAGUUCCCUAGGCCAGCUAAUGUUCCUGAAGGUGCUCAUAUUCAAUGGGAAAUCGAGCUUCUUGGUUUUGAGAUGCCAAAGGAUUGGACUGGUUUGAACUUUCAAACAAUAAUGGAAGAAGCAGAGAAAAUUAGAAACACGGGAAACAGGCUAUUCAAAGAAAGAAAGUUUGAACUUGCUAAGGCAAAGUAUGACAAGGUGCUACGGGAAUUUAAUCAUGUUAAUCCACAAGAUGAUGAAGAAGGGAAAAUAUUUUCAAAUACAAGGAAUUUGUUACAUCUGAAUGUGGCUGCAUGCUACCUGAAGAUGGGAGAGUGCAGAAAAUCCAUAGAGACAUGCAACAAGGUUUUAGAAGCAAACCCUGGACAUGUCAAGGCUCUCUACCGGCGAGGAAUGGCCUACAUGACAGUUGGAGAUUUCGAGGAAGCAAAGAGUGACUUCAACACGAUGAUUAAACUUGACAAGUCAACUGAACCUGAUGCAACAGCUGCUCUGCUAAAAGUAAAGCAGAAGGAACAGGAAGUGGAGAAGAAGGUGCGGAAACAAUUUAAAGGACUAUUUGACAAGAAGCCAGGGGAAAUUGCAGAGGCUGGAACUGAAGAUGUAGACGAGACUGCAGGUGAAAUCCACAAGAAUGAUGAUAAGGAGGAUACUGACGGUGAUCAUUCAGACGAAUCUCAUGAAACCGCAGACGACGCACCUAGAACUUCUUGGCUUUCUCGCCUCUGGCCCAGACGACUACUCGCAGCCCUCGGGCGGCCAGGAUGCACCAUUUUGUAAUCACACGUCUCUUCUUAAUGUUUUUAAGUCGGGCAUUGUUAGUUUUUGAAGUUGCAGUUCAAUGGUGUUCCGGCCAUUGGCCUCACCAGUGGUUUAAUUAUAGAUGGGUUUAUAGUGAAAGGUUCAAGUGUUUGUAACCAAUUGUAGACUAUAGAGCGAAUAGAAAAGUCCAAAUACAAACGUUAAAUCA